UCGGCACAUAGCGGGAUACGCAGAGCAGCCCUCUCCAAUCCAUCUUCAACUUCCCGGUUUCUGUGGUGGGAAGAUGCCUGGGGAACUGUCCUUGCACAUCGACACCAAGGAGCCACGAUGGGACCAGAGCAGCUUCACAGGGAGAGCAAAGCACUUCUUCACGGUGACAGAUCCCCGCAACCUUCUGCUCUCUAGCAAAACUCUGGAAGAGGCCCGGAGGGUGAUUGAGGAUUACAGGACGGGGAAGGUGUCGCCAGGAUUGACUGAGGACCAACUAUGGCGGGCGAAAUACAUCUACGACUCAGCUUUCCACCCAGACACUGGCGAGAAGAUGAUCCUGAUUGGGCGAAUGUCGGCCCAGGUGCCCAUGAACAUGACCAUCACUGGGUGCAUGCUCACUUUCUACAGAACAACACCUGCUGUUCUCUUCUGGCAAUGGGUGAACCAGUCAUUCAAUGCCGUUGUCAACUACACUAACCGGAGUGGAGAUGCUCCCAUAACCGUCAGCCAGCUGGGCACUGCCUACGUCAGUGCUACCACGGGAGCUGUGGUCACAGCACUGGGCCUCAAGUCCCUCACCAAGCAUCUUCCACCCAUCAUUGGACGCUAUGUGCCUUUUGCAGCUGUGGCAGCAGCUAACUGUAUCAACAUACCAUUAAUGAGGCAGAGGGAGCUAAAGCUUGGUAUCCCCAUUACAGACGAGAAUGGAAAUCGGUUGGGUGAGUCAAAGGCAGCCGCUCAGCAAGCCAUUGCACAGGUGGUGGUGUCUCGAAUUGGCAUGGCUGCACCUGCCAUGGCCAUCCCUCCUGUGAUCAUGAACGCGUUAGAGAAGAGAGCAUUUUUGAAGCGGUACCCUUGGAUGAAUGCUCCUCUGCAGGUUGGGCUGGUGGGCCUGUGUUUGGUGUUUGCUACCCCACUUUGCUGUGCACUCUUCCCCCAGAAAAGCUCAAUGCGGGUGAGCCGGCUGGAACCUGAAGUCCAAGCUCUGAUCAGGGAGAAAAACUCUGACAUUGAGGUUGUCUACUUUAAUAAAGGGCUUUGAGAGAGGCUUCCCUGUGCUACCCUGGUAUGGAGUAAAAGAACAGGAAGAAGUAGAAGAACCAGGGAUCCGGUGCUCUUGAGGAGGAAUUUACACUUUGUAAUAGUAUAAUCCCUUUUAUAUGCUGCUUUCUUAUUGGCUGUCAAGUCAUGGCAGGUCCUAUGUGUAUCAUAUAACCUUCUUGAAUUCAGGUGAACCCUAGGGUAGAUUGUAAUGUGGCAAUGUGGCUGUUGCAGUGAUGUACGUUCAUACCCUGAACAAAGCAGAAACAUUCCAGUGACGAACCAUUUGGGUUUCAGGAGCAAAGAAGCCCUUAAGCCUAAAUCCUUACGUUACACAUAGUUCUACAGUGGUAUGUGUACAGGUGUGUAUGUAUGUGCACUAUAAUCCUCAUGAUGUAUUAUCAUAAGAAUGAUCACCUUGAGAAAUGUUUGAGAAGAGGAGAAAUCCAUGGAACACCUGAGAAUCAGUUGUUACAUGGAAGGCAACUUGCUGUCCGGGUUAGUUGGAAUUUCAAGUAUUCAGAGGUAAAGGAGAUCACUCUCCCAUGUAGGAGCAUUAUGUGUUUUUGCAAUACCUACAUUCUCGAGAUGUUUUCUUCUCUAGACAACCUUUGUUUUUGCAACCAAAACAUGUUUUUCCAAGAACCUCCGAGUUCUCUUGCUGUUCUGAUACUUUGCUGAUAAGAGAAAUGCAUGAGACUGACAGUACGCGCAGCCUUGAAACCACAAAACCCAUGAUGCAGGGUGAGCGCAAGUCAAAUAAGCACACUGCUUCCUACUUACGGAAGCAAGCAAUUGACUAUACUGAGUGAGCGGGAAACCGCUAAAAUUCAAACAGGUUGGUGGAUUUUCUAUCAGCAGUCUUCUAUUUGGAGGUGAGCACAUGCUUCAAAGAUGAAGCAAAGAUCUGAUGUUUGCACAAUUAUGUUAUGGAAGAUGGGAUCAUGGAAAUCAGCUGAUCAUGCCCCUUAUCUGCCCCUUGGAAACCACAGAAUUUCACGUAAAGUGGGAAGGGAUGUGUCUAUAUAUGUAGAGGCUUCACCCCUUAUG